AAUCAUUGCUGCGGCAAGUGAUCGAGAGAGCCUGAAACAUUUGAUUAGUGGGACUUGGACCGCUGCUCAAGGCAGUGCACAUGCACAAGGCGAGCGCGCGAGUGGAUUGUUCAGUGCACAAAGUAUAACAGUGUUGUUCUUAUAUCGGCGUCACGCUUGAUCAACGAGCUUAUCUGCGCGGAGCCUGCAAAUAGCCUUGUUUCGGAGAUCGAGAAUGAGGUUGUGCUUUGAGUCGACUCAUUUUUGUGCUACUCUCAUCCUUAUUUUGGGACUUGUCGGGCUAUCAUGGCAGACGGAAUAUUGCCGAAACCUCAGUGCGAUAGAGUCAAUGACGCAAACGGAGCUGAUACAAGAGCUUACGAACGAGUGCCGUUACGAUAAAAUGAUCCGGCCGCCAGGCGAGAUCAACGUGAAUGACCCAGUCAAGGUCUGGGCAAGGGCCUACAUCUACACAAUCAAAUCGAAUAUGGCCAAGACUUUGCAAUUUGCCGUACAACUGAUGCUGCAGUUUCGCUACGUGGACACGCGCUUAAGAUACAAAGAUAUCGCGCCGAAUCGGGACAAAAUCAUCGGUGGCAAGAAGAUACACGAUUGGAUCUGGACGCCUUCGGUUUACGUGGCCAACGAGCACAAUUCGGUUACCAUGGGGGAGAGCGUAAAAGAUCUGCUUUUGUCGAUCGAUUCCUCUGGUAUGGUCAUCUUAAACACUAGGCUUGAAGCUAAUUUGAACUGCGCCCUUCAUUUGGAAAAAUUUCCUUUUGAUGUACAAGAAUGUCCUCUUGUCUUCGAGAGCUGGACUUAUAAUCUCAAAGACAUGGUUUUGGAGUGGGAUGAAGCGCCGAUUAUAUUGGCCGAUGAGCUUCAUUUGACCGAGUACAAGCUCAUGGGUCAGUGGGUAAAUACUACCAAUGUUACCUACACAUCAGCCGAGCAGCACUAUGGACAUUUCGCUGGAAACUUCAGCUCUAUUAAGAUAACGUUCAAACUUGCUCGAGAAAUGGGAUUUUUCAUCAUGGACUAUUACAUACCGUCGAUACUAAUCGUGGUGUUAUCAUGGGUUUCUUUUUGGCUUCACAUGGACGCCAGUCCUCCGAGGAUCGUCUUAGGUACUAACACGGUACUAGCCUUCAUGACACUAGCUUCCAAAGUGGAAAAUUCAUUACCAAAAGUGUCUUAUAUAAAAGCCAGCGAAGUUUGGUUUUUGGGAUGCACCAUAUUUUUGUUUGCAGCUAUAAUCGAAUUUGCAUUCGUCAACACAAUUUACCGACGAAAAAAAAAUGUACCGCUGAAAAAAGUUAAUAGUAAAUAUAUUCUUAAAUCUACUCUCACGCCCAAACUUGCCAGGAAACAAUUCCAGAAAAAUACUGGAAUCGAAAGAUCAAGAUCAUGGUCGUCUUUGGAUAAUGUGAACGAAAAAGUUUACACAAGCCAAAACUACUUGACCAUACACAGCUUCCCUAGCACCAUCAAUGUACCAACUCUGAAGGUGGAGGAUGAAAAAGACUAUUCGGUCGGUAGCGCUGUAACGAUAGACAGUAAUCCGUCGCCGCCGCCUGCACCGGAGCCCAUUUUACGUCGUCGAGGGACUCUUGCGCAGCUCAAUACCUUUACGACCAUGACGCCGCAGGAAAUAGCUCAAUGGAUCGACAGACGAAGUCGUAUUCUUUUUCCAGUCGCUUUUCUUCUUUUUAACAUUCUUUAUUGGUCUUUUAUUUGGAUAUGAGCAACGUGACAAUAUCUCUCAAUGUCAUCAUGUCGUUUGCUCUCAAAAGUUUCAUCCCAAAUAUCAUCAACUUCGUUUGAACUUGGGUAAAAGCUGAAUUUAUAACUGUGCCACAAUUAAAUAGAACACAUUAAAAAGAGAUUUUUACAAUGAUCAACUUAUUUUCCUGUUUUAUUUUUACGAAAGCUUUUUUUAUCAUCUGAAAGAGAAAUUAAUAAAAUACCGUUACAUUCUAUUUCAAUAAGCUCGUUGACUUGGAAAUUUCCCCCUAUAAGGUGUGAGAUAGACACGUACACUAUGUUAUAACGCUAGUUGUUUAAACAAAAUAGUUUUUAGACAAUUAACUUAGUGCACAUCACUAACACGUUCGAUACUUUUAAUUCAGAGAACAAUGUCACACCUGUUUCAUGAAAAGUCAAUAUCUGCUUGUACAGUCUUGUAUUAGUGGUUUAAUUAGUUAGCGAGUAUAAUUGAACAUGUGUGAAAUGUAUUGAUAAUCGUUUUUAGCAAGUAUAGUAUAUAGAUUAGAUCAUGUAUAAUUAUAUGAAAUAAUUUUUGAAUCACGUUGUAUUAUGUAUAUUAAUAAUAUAUUUUUUAUUUAUAAGUAAAAGAUCACAAGUUUGGAAACAUAUACACGUUACUAUAAUUUUAAGGUUUUUUCUGAAGUAAAAAAAUUUUAUUGAAAAAGUAACUCACUAGAAAAAAAAACACGUGAACAAACCAUAAAAUUAACUCAA